CUCUUUUCUAAUUUGAGAGGUUUCAUGUUGAAGAAAGUCAGUGUGUUAGAAGCUGCAGGAGACCUAAACACAGUCACCAUGAAGCUGGGCUAUGUCCUCACGACAGGGGUCUUUUCCUUUCCUCCUCCUAUGCUCUGGGCCGCUCAGAUGCUACUUGUUGCAGCAUCAUUUUCUGGUUCUUUGCGGACCAUGGCCUCCCCAGCUGCCAGUUUUGAUGCACUCCAAUGCAAAGUACCUCUCAGCAGCCAGGAGAGCAGGUGCCACAUGGAUGAGGACUUGACGGACCUGAGGGAUGUCGACUUCCAGAUCAAGGGCUACACUUUCAGUGAACCCUUCCAUCUGAUUGUGUCCUAUGACUGGUUGAUCCUCCAAAGUUCAGUCAGGCCCAUAUUUGAAGGAGACCCACUGGUUCUACGCUGCCAGGCCUGGCAAAACUGGCCGCUGACCCAGAUCACCUUUUACCGAGACGGCUCAGCCCUGGGUCCCCCUGGACCUAACAGGGAAUUCUCCAUCGCUGUGGCGCAAAAGGCAGACAGUGGGCACUACCACUGCAGUGCUGUCUUCAGGAGCCCUGGUCCUGGGAGCCUAGAAACAGCAUCAUCUGUGACCAUCACAGUUCAAGAACUGUUUCCAACUCCAGUGCUCAGAGCCACACCCUCGGCUGAGCUCCGGGAGGGAAGCCCGGUGACCCUGAGCUGUCAGACAAAGCUGCCCCUGCAAAGGUCAGCUGCCCGCCUCUUCUUCUCCUUCUACAAAGACGGCAGGAGAGUGCGCAGCAGGGGCCCCUCCUCAGAGUUCCAGAUCCCCACAGCUUCAGAGGCACAUUCUGGGUCCUACUGGUGUGAAGCAGCCACUGAGGACAAUCAAGUUUGGAAACAGAGCCCCAAGCUGGAGAUUAAGGUUCAGAGUCCCUCCAGCUCUGCUGCACCCCCCAUCUUGAAUCCAGCUGCUCAGAAGUCAGCUGCUCCAGAAACUACUUCUACUGAGCGCCCUGGGCCUCUGCCUCCACUGCCCACCCCUUCUUCUAAGGAUCCAGGCUUCUCCUCUCCUCUGGAGAUCCUAGACCCGCAUCUGCGUCACCAAGUGCGUGAACUCCUCAAACAAAUGCAGGAUAUAAGGGAUCUCCUUGGUCACCUGGUCAUGGAGCUGAGGAGUUUGUCAGGCUACCUGAAGCUUGAGAUCACAAAGGGUCCUGCCGAAUACAAGUAAAGCGUUCACCAACAGUAUUUACUCAACUGCCUGCGAUAAAUCCAACUCUAUUUUUCCUCUUUUUGUUCUGUAUUUACCCAUAAAUACUUGUGCAAGUUUCCCAGUGUUUUAUUAGUAUAACAGAGUUAGAUGAGUAUAAAUGUUUGUACACAGUGAUAAUUGGAUUUUAGCUAUAGAAAAAAAUUGUGUAUUCUCUCCUAAUAUGACAACAUAAUCCUGCUCUGUCUAGAUUAGGAACUGCCUUCUGUUGUCCAGACCAGAAUCUGGUGAUCGAAAGAGAAGCAAUGAGAUAGAUUUAGCGCAGUAGUCUCAACCAAGGGCAAUCCCUCCCCACCCUAGGGGACAUUGGACAAUGUCUGGAGACAUUUUUGGUCUUCGCAUUGUGUUGGGGCUGCAUAUUACUGGUGUCUAGUGAGCAGAAGCCAGGCAUGCUGUUAGACAUCCUAUAAUCCACAGAACAGCCUCCCACAAUGUAGGAUUAUCUUGUCUAAAAUGUCAGUAGUGCCAACUUUGGGAAACUCAGCCUAACAGAGACAUUGGACUCUGGGAUGGACCUUUGCCUCAUCUACUUACUCUCCCCUAUACCCUCCUAGCCUUAUUUAGCAAAUAUUAGUUACAUGCUGGUAUUUCAUUGGCCUCUGCUACAUGCCCAAGUUUAUGUUAUGCUAUGUUAAGUAUACUCAUACGACAACGUCUCUGUCUAUGUAGGGUUUACAAUUUGAGAUGGAGAGGCAGUAAUAUUCCUACCCAUAAACAAUUAAGCAGGGUAUAUAAAAAUUCCCUACAGGAUCCUACUAGGCUCAGAAGUAUGUGAUCAAGUAUAACAUUGCCUGAGUAACAAUUAGUUGUUUUAAUUUGUCUCUGAAGUAAUUUUUCUUUAAAAAUACACAUAAAUCUAUUUUGGUACCAUAA